GCGAGUGUGGGCCUUUAUCUGGACUCUGCUUCCUCCCUGGGGACACCAGGUCUUGGAGCAAGAGAACUUGGCAGGCUCUCCCCAUGGCAGUCUUAUUCCUCCUCCUGUUCCUAUGUGGAACUCCCCAGGCUGCAGACAACAUGCAGGCCAUCUAUGUGGCCUUGGGGGAGGCAGUAGAGCUGCCAUGUCCCUCACCACCUACUCUACAUGGGGACGAACACCUGUCAUGGUUCCGCAGCCCUGCAGCAGGCUCCUUCACCACCCUGGUAGCCCAAGUCCAAGUGGGCAGGCCAGCCCCAGACCCUGGAAAACCAGGAAGGGAAUCCAGGCUCAGACUGCUGGGGAACUAUUCUUUGUGGUUGGAGGGAUCCAAGGAGGAAGAUGCCGGGCGGUACUGGUGCGCUGUGCUAGGUCAGCACCACAACUACCAGAACUGGAAGGUGUACGACGUCUUGGUGCUCAAAGGAUCCCAGUUAUCUGCAAGGGCUGCAGAUGGAUCCCCCUGCAAUGUCCUCCUGUGCUCUGUGGUCCCCAGCAGACGCAUGGACUCUGUGACCUGGCAGGAAGGGAAGGGUCCCGUGAGGGGCCGUGUUCAGUCCUUCUGGGGCAGUGAGGCUGCCCUGCUCUUGGUGUGUCCCGGGGAGGGGCUUUCUGAGCCCAGGAGCCGAAGACCAAGAAUCAUCCGCUGCCUCAUGACUCACAACAAAGGGGUCAGCUUUAGCCUGGCAGCCUCCAUCGAUGCUUCUCCUGCCCUCUGUGCCCCUUCCACGGGCUGGGACAUGCCUUGGAUUCUGAUGCUGCUGCUCACAAUGGGCCAGGGAGUUGUCAUCCUGGCCCUCAGCAUCGUGCUCUGGAGGCAGAGGGUCCGUGGGGCUCCAGGCAGAGGAAACCGAAUGCGGUGCUACAACUGUGGUGGAAGCCCCAGCAGUUCUUGCAAAGAGGCCGUGACCACCUGUGGCAAGGGCAGACCCCAGCCAGGCCUGGAACAGAUCAAGCUACCUGGAAACCCCCCAGUGACCUUGAUUCACCAACAUCCAGCUUGCGUCGCAACCCAUCAUUGCAAUCAAGUGGAGACAGAGUCGGUGGGAGACGUGACUUAUCCAGCCCACAAGGACUGCUACCUGGGAGACCUGUGCAACAGCGCCGUGGCAAGCCAUGUGGCCCCUGCAGGCAUUUUGGCUGCAGCAGCUACCGCCGUGACCUGUCUCUUGCCAGGACUGUGGAGCGGAUAGGGGGAGUAGGAGUAGAGAAGGGAACAAGGGAGCAAGGGAACAAGGGACAUCUGAACAUCUAAUGUGAGAAGACAAGCAUCCUUCUGUGAGUCAUUAAAAUCUAUGAACCACUCUACAGCUGACUGGAAAAUUGCAUCUAUCUUUGGUUGAUGGGAGAACUAAAAGGGUAAUAUGGGGCAUCCAGGUUCUAGUUUGGGGGUUACCAAGCAACAGCGGGCUUAAUUACAGUGGUGCACUCCUUAACCAACUAAACCCCAAAGGACAAUGGCUUAUCUGCCUUCUGUGGCUCCUGGAUCCUGUUGCUGGCUUGAAUCUUCCUUAGCAAUGAGAUUCACUGAGUGGGGUUGCCAGGGUUUUGUGAGCCUGAGUCUGGGUUUGCUCCCCUAUUUCCCAUUUGCAAGUUGGCUCCCAAUAGGACUAUUUCGAAUUGAGAAAAGAAAUGUAAAAACUGUGAUAGGUAAAAACUGCUUGGUGCCCUACUUACUAACUAGGCUAGGUGAGGCCUUUGACUCUAACCUGAGAGAAACUGAAGAAACAGGGUCUCAGGCCCCAUCUCCAUGUGCCUCUCCUAUCCUUUCUGGAGAGCCCUCAAGCCAGGCCGCACCUUCUUCUUGGCAUUACAUCAUGGGUGUGGCCUAAAUUUAGGAUAUGAGUUGUUGUGUGCCACCUGGAGACACUGGAAGGGAGGAUGAAGACCUGAAAAACCUGUUUCUCCAUUUUCCCCAGCCCAGCCUCCCAGGGAACCUCCCUGAAGGAUUCCUGUGUAAGGGAGGGAGAUUGAGAGUAUUAUUUCCUGGGAGGUGACCUGACCCUUAGGUCUUCUUAUAAUAAAUGUACA